GGGAUUCUGCUUUCUCUGGACUGUAUUAUGUUUUACCUGGUUCCUGGGAUUCACACAGGGAAAUUCUGAAGAUGUGGAUGUUCUUCAAAGACUGGGCCUGUCAGGGAAAAGGCCAUCGACCGGAUGGUCCUCAUCACGUACAGUUCCUCAAGGAGUCAUUCCUUUCAAAUCAGGGGUCAUCUUCACUCGGCGAGCACGCAUCGAAGCACCGGUCAGUGCCAUCCUCCCCUCAGGCUCCAGCACUGACCUGCUCCUGGUGCUGAGCCUCUGCUCCCACCGCAUCAACAAUGCUUUUCUCUUUGCCGUCAAGAGCAAAAAGAAAAAACUGCAGCUGGGGGUCCAGUUUGUGCCUGGGAAGAUCAUAGUGUAUGUGGGCCACAAGCGCUCUGUAUAUUUUGAUUACAAUGUCCAUGAUGGCCAGUGGCACAGUAUGGCCAUCGAUAUCCGUGGCCAGACAGUCACUUUAUUUACUUCUUGUGGGAAGCGCAGAGUACAUGCGGAUUUGCAUUUUAAAAAGGACGAGGCAUUGGAUCCACAUGGAUCUUUCCUCUUUGGGAAGAUGAACCAGCACUCCGUGCAGUUUGAAGGAGCCAUCUGCCAGUUUGAUAUUUAUCCUUCCGCCAAGGCAGCUCAUCAUUACUGUAAAUACCUGAAAAAACAGUGCAGGCAAGCAGAUACCUACCGGCCGAACCUGCCGCCCCUCAUCCCGCUCCUGCCCAGGAAUCCCAGUGCUUCCCCGAGCACCCCGCAGCAUAUGGAGCCCUCGCUGCAGGGUCUGAGAAACCUGACCACUGCUGCCCUAUCCUUGGCGUUUGGCAGGGUCACUGCACCCCUCAAGACUCGGGGUUCAGGUGCAACAACUGUUACAUCGGUAUCGUCCCUACCAUUGCUGCCGAGACUGACGACCAAAGCCACAAAGGUCACAGUGGCCCCAUCUCCUGUUCCGUCGAGUACUGAAAGACAGCCACCCACCCGUUCCAUCCCUCGGGGGACGGUGACGACCCUCAGAGUGUCUCGGCCCACUCCCAGCACGCGCAUGGAGAAAACUCUCCUUCCCGCUGCCAAAAAAGCCCCACCAACAAGCCAGAGCCCUGCCGUGGCUAGCAGGAAGGAGUCCAAGCAAGAAACCAAAAAGAAAAUCAACCAAAAACCCACCAUUCAGCCCUCUGAAGCACCCAGUACUGUAAGGCCAAUGAGGAGGGUGACCGAUAACACCACCAGCAAUGUCCACUUGGUCACCCUAAAGCAAACCCCGCAGAACCCAAGCAAUGGGCCUCUUCCAAAGAAGCAUGUGCCGUCCCUCACCAGGAAAGUGGAUCCUAGUAACAUCCCUCUGGUGUACACCAAACCACCCCUGGGGUCUGCUCGUCCCCUCGCGAGGGCACAGGGCUUCAACCUCACGACCCCAGCUGCGACCGACGGCUAUCCAGUCUUUGACCCGCACGGACCCACUCCGUUUCCAUUUUUGCUGGGAUAUCAAGGAGUGAAAGGAGAGCAAGGACCUCAG